AUGCCUCGCACGACGGAGACCGCAAGCUUCAAGUUUAACCACACGAUGAUCCGCGUCAAGGAUCCCAAGGUGUCUUUGGCUUUCUACCAAGACAUUCUUGGAAUGGAUCUUCUCUCUGUAAAGGAAUUCAGCGACUUCACGCUCUACUUCCUCGCGUUCAACCACGAAGGAAGGGAGCUAACCGCAGAGGAGAAAGAAAAAUCCCGCUUCGCACGUGAAGGCGUGCUGGAGCUCACGCACAACCACGGCACUGAGUCCGACGCCAACUUCCAAGGAUACGCAAGCGGGAACACCGAACCCGGUAAGGGAUUUGGGCACAUUGCCAUCACCGUCGACGAUGUCGAGAAAGCCUGCGAGCGCUUCGAGAAACUUGGCGUGCAGUUCAAGAAGAAGCCGAGCGAUGGGAAGAUGAGGCACAUCGCGUUCAUUUUGGAUCCUGAUGGGUAUUGGAUCGAAGUCGUGCCUGGUGUCCUCGACCUGUGA